AUGGCCCUUCUGAUGCUCCUCCCACUUCUCUUUCUGGCCAUGACAGGCUUGGUGCAAGUCGAUGCUUUCUACACCAAGAAUUCCCCUGUUCUCCAGGUGACUGCAAAGACAUACGACUCGCUGAUUGCGCAGUCCAACCACACUUCGAUUGUCGAGUUCUAUGCCCCGUGGUGCGGUCAUUGUCAGAACCUAAAGCCGGCCUAUGAGAAAGCCGCAAAGAAUCUGGCCGGUCUUGCCAAGGUGGCUGCGAUCAAUUGUGACGACGAUGCAAACAAGCCAUUCUGUGGGCAGAUGGGCAUUCAAGGUUUCCCAACAUUAAAGAUCGUCCGACCAGGAAAGAAGCCUGGCCGGCCGGUGGUGGAAGACUACAAUGGGCCUCGAUCCACGAAAGGUAUCGUGGAUGCUGUGAAGGAUAAAAUUCCGAACCAUGUAAAGAGGUUGCAAGGGGAUGGUCUUGACACUUGGCCAAACGAGCCGUCAUCCCCUUCAGCAAAGGCUAUAGUAUUCUCCGACAAAGGAACCACUAGUCCCUUGGUCAAGAGCUUGGCCAUUGACUUUCUCGGCAGCAUUACCUUCGCUCAGGUCAGAGACAAGGCUGUGGCCGAGAAAUAUGGCGUCACCAAAUUCCCUACGAUAGUCUUGGUGCCUGCUCCUGGUGAGACGCCAAUCCCCUAUACAGGAGAAAUCAACCGAGACUCGCUGGUGAGCUUCUUUAGCCAAAUCGCGCCGCCGAAUCCGGAUCCGGCGCCCAAGGGUGCGAAGCCGACCAAGAAAGUCAAGCCUCAGUCAUCGUCUUCCGCCUCAGCGGCCUUCUCAAAGGAUUCCGAAGCACACAAAUCAGCAGACUUUGACGACUAUCUUGCGAGCUCAGGGACUGUGGUCCUUGACGACGAUACUCCUACCGAGUCUCCUCUUCCUAUUGUGGAGCAAGAGAAACCUGCUGUUGUCGCAGAGGAACUUCCUCCUAUUCCCACGCUCACGACCCAAGCGGAGCUUGAAGCUGCUUGCAUGACGCCGAAAAGCCAUCACUGUUUAUUGGUGUUACUUCCUGCAUCAGAAUCGGGCGAGGGUUCGCAUCAGUCGACAACAACGGCACUGACAUCACUUGCCGAAAUAGCACAAAAGUACCACAAACGUAAGGCUAGUCUAAUGCCCACAUAUGCGGUGCCGGCGGAAAUGCAAGAAACGGGUAGGGUUAGGGAGCACCUUGGUCUUGAGUCGGGAAAACUGGAAAUCAUCGCGCUCAGCAUGAAGAGAAACUGGUGGAUACGGUAUCCAGGCGAAGGCCAUGAUGUUCAUGAUUUGGAAGGCUUCAUUGACGCCAUCAAACUGGGAGAAUUGUCAAAGUCGAAAUUGCCUCCAGGCUUUGGACCGGUGCCGGAAGAUCGUGCAGAAGCAUCAGAUGAUGAACCUGUUGCGACCAUUGCCGAACCCGAGCCUGAGCCUGUCGAGACUGCUGAAGUAGAGCAUGAUACAUCCGGCAGAGAGGAACCAGCUGAGGGUGCCGCUGAACCAGAACCUGCCGAGACUGCUGAGGUAGAGCAUGAUGAGUUGUGA